AUGGAAAGAGAUUUUCAUGAUGUAAAUAGCAAAAAUGAUGAUAUAAGAAAAAGUGAUUAUAAUGGGAAUAACAACCACAUGGAAAUAAAUAAUUUAUAUAUAAACAGUUGUAGUGUCCUAGAAAAUAUGAGAUAUAAUCAAAAUAUGUUUAAUGAAAAUGAUAUAAAUCUUUAUAAAUAUAACUUAAUGUUGAAAAGGAAUAAUAUGUAUAUUCAUGAUACCAGAAAGAACAUAAACAACAUGAUUACACCUAACAAUAAUAGUAGUGGCUUAGUAAAUGAUGAAUUUUAUAAUACUGUGGGUACAUAUAAUAUGGUCAAUUUGAAUAACAUAAGUUAUAUGCAAAACCCAAAGCAAUUAAAUAAUACUACACAUUGUCAUAAUGAUAUUAAUAUAAAAAAUGUAUGCUUAAAUAAAAACUUGUAUGAGAAUUGUGAUACUCAAAAUAAUAUGCAGUUUUGUAAUUAUAAUAAAAGUAUAAAUGGUGAGAAUAAAUAUUCAUAUCAUUCUUUGAACAGUGACAAUCCAGUUUUUCAACUUCAAAUGGAUUCUUAUGUGGAUGAAACUGAUAAUAGUACAUGUGAAAAUAAUAAUGGGAACAAGCAAUUAGUAAGAAAUAUAAAUACACACAUAAGAGAAAGAGAGAUUAUGAACAGUACAUGUAAUAACAACUUAGUGAAAGCUCAUGAAGAAAAAUUUAUAAAUUCAAGCCAAAGUAUGCUAAAUAAUAAAAUAAAUAUAAGCCAAAAAAAUUCGAAUUUAAAUAAUGAUAAUAUAUCGAAUAAACUUCAUUUUAUAAAUAAUUUUAAUAUUGAUAAUAAAUCAAUAAAUGAAAAUAUUGCAAAUAAUAGCUAUAGCAAUAAUAGUACCGCUCAGGGAGUAAAAAGUCAAGACGAUCAAGGGAUGCAAGCAUAUAUGGACAUUCAUGAAGAUCAGUAUAUAAGCAGUAAUGGUGUAUAUGGGAAUAAUAAUGAUCACUUAAAUGGUAAUUUGUUUAAUAAUAAUUUAUAUUUCCCUAGUAUGCAAAUUAACAAUAAUAAGGCUGAAAUUAAUGGAAAAAAUAACAAACACGAUAAUAAAAUUAGUGAAUUGAAUACUACUUCAAAUAAGUAUGAAUCAUUAAUUAGAGUAGGAAUAAAACAUAUGAUUGGAAAUAAAAAUUUCGCAGAACUAAAAAAUAAUACAAACUUAAAUAAAAUAAAUUUAAGUGCCUCGAGUGCAUUAUGCUCAUCAAUAAACAGCAAUACAAAUAAUAUAAAAUUUCCCAAAUGUGUAAAUGAAAAAAAUGAUUAUAUUAUAAUUUCACCUAAUAACAAUAAUCUUCGAAAUAUUACAAACAAUAAUAAUUUAGAAAACAUAAAAAAUAUUCCCAAUAUCAUUAAUACUGGCGAUAUUAUUGAUAUUAGUAAUACUAGCAAUAUUGAUGAAAGUACGUACUUAAAUAAUACUGAGGCUAUUGGGAAUAUUGAGGCCAAUUCAUUGUCUCAUAAAAAAAAAGUGAAUAAUAAUAAUAAUAGUAAGGGUCCUUUGAAUAUAUACAUAAAUAGUGAUAGUAAUAAUAUUUCUAAGGAUAUUGACAGUAGUAGUAACGAAAAUAUAAUUGGGGCAAAAAACACACACACCAAUAUUAGUGAUAAUAUAGCUGAACCUCCAAAUGUGAAUAAUAUUAACAAAAUAAAUUUUCCUAACGUUAAUAGCUUAAGGACAUUAAACGUUUUUACUAACAAUAAUAGCCAAAGGAGUUUUAGUAAUAGCAGUAAUAGUAGUCAUAGUAAUAAUAGUAUACAAAUAGUUGAGUGUGAAAAUAAAAAAGGGGAUUUAAAUAAUAAUAAAAAUAUAAAUAAUAAUGUGUGCACAAAUAAAAUUGUAAAUAAUGUCAAUAAUAAUAUAGAAUCUUUUGACAGCAAUUCGUUUCCAUAUGCAAAAUAUAUUAUAAAUAAUUCAUGCACAAUGAAAAACAUAGGUCAUAAUAAUAAUAGCAAUUGCAAUGGAAUGAAUUUUAAUAAAAAUGGAAUGUAUAUAGAAAAUAGGAAUAUACAUGACAGUGAUAGCAAGUUAUAUAACAACUUGAAUAAUUUUUAUAAUAAUUUAAAUAUUCAUAAUUCACAAAAUUUAAGAAAAAUUGAUAAUACUAUUUCACGAAAUAGUACUGAUAAUAAUAACUAUAUGCAUACUUAUAAUAAUUUUUCAAAUAAUGGUAAUAAUAUAUAUAACAAUAUAAAUUCAAAUAAUAAUGGAUAUUUAAAACAAAAAAAUAAAGAUAUUAUAAUUAAUCAUCAAAAUGAUAGAACAAAUUUAAAUAAUGACGUAUUUAUAAAUUUAGACAAUUCAACAAAUACGGCAUUAUCAAAUUCUGCACCUUUCGGAACAAUUUUAAAUACACAUUUAAAUCAUCGUCAAAAUAAUUCAAAUAAAAUAAAUCCAGACAUCCUUAUUAAUAAGGGAGUAAAUCCUAAUCAUAUAUCAAAUGCAAUAAAUAAUGGAAAUAAAAAUAAUUCAAAUUAUAUGACAAAGGGUUUACGAAAUAGUAAUAAUAAUAAUGUAUUAAUAAAUGAUGUAACAAAUAUAAAUUCUAAAAAAACAGGAAAUCAUAUAAACAAUUUUAUGAGCGGUUUAGCUAAUAGUAAUGGCUUUAAUUUAUAUAAUAAUAAUAUAGAUAUGGGGGUAAAUAAAAAUACGGAAAAUAAUAAUGGAAGUAUUGGAAAUAUUAAUAAAAUAUUUUCGACACACACAAAUAUGGAGACCGAUUUAAAAAACACAAUGAAUAACUUAAAUGAUAAUAAUAAAAGAAUGGCAAUGAAACCAUCAGUAACAAAUUUUCCAGCCAUAAAUCAAACAUCAAAUAAUUAUAAUACAAAAAAAUAUGGAUAUCCAUCAAAUAUAAAUCCAAAUAUGGAUGGGUAUUCACCUAAAUUGGCAGAAUAUUCUUUAAAAAAUGAUAAUGCAAAAGAUCGAUCCUUAACAGAUGGUAAUAUGAUAAAUGUUAUGAGAAGGGUCGGAAUAAAUGAACAUUUUAUGAAUAAAAAUAUGGUGCAUAAUUUAGCAAAGAAUGGAAAUGAAAUUGAAAAUAUGUCAAACAAUUUACAAUUAAUAAAUAACAACAUCUCGAUUAAUCGUUCUAGUGAUAUAAAUAAAUAUAAAAAUGAAUUAUUAAAUAAUUUAAAUGACUUUUCAAAUAGAAACGAUGGUGAUCAUAUAAUUUUAAAUCGUGAACAUCCAGAAAUGUUUAAAGAUGGGAGUAAUAAAAUUUUUUACAAAGAUAUAAUAAACAAUAAUAUGAAUAUAAAUAUAAAUAAUAAGAAUAUGACAAAUUGUAAUAACAAUGGGAUGGUUAAUUAUAUGGACAACAGUUCUAUAAAUCGAACUAACAUCAAUGGAAAUGGUAAAACUGGUGGAAAUAUUUCUAUUGAUAAUAAUGGAAAUCAUAUUCCAAUUAAUAAUCUACAAAAUAAUGUAGCAUUAAAUGGGACUUAUGAUUUAUUAAAAAUUAGAAAUAUAUCUAAUGAUAAUAAUAAAUUAAAUUCAAUAGAUGUAAAAAAUAAUUUAAACAAUUUAACAAAUAUAGACAAUUUUCAAAACAAAAUUCAACUUAGACAAAGAACACAUGGAUGUUCAGAAAAUGGAGGUCCCAAUAAUAAUGCAAGAAAUAAUAGUACAGGUAUGAAUAAUCGAAAUACUGCUAAUUUAAAUGGGGUAUUAAAUAUUGGAAAUAUUAAUUAUAAUAAGUUUUAUGAUACAACACAACAAAAUUCACGUAUUCAAAAAAAUAAUAAUAGACAAAAUAAUCCAAAUAUAAAUGGAAUACCUAAUAAUGGUAACUCAAUAAAUGAUCCCUCAAAUAUAUAUUCAGCAGUAAACCAUUUAAAUGGUAAUAUAAAUAGGGCCAAUUUAAACGUAAACGAAGUUGCAAAUAAUAAUAAUAAGAUUCAUUCAUUAAAUAAUAAUGUAGCUAAACAACCAUUUGAUGGACGGAUAUUAAUGCAAAAUAAGUGUGCAUCUAAUGAUAUAAAAUAUUCACAAAAUGAAUAUGAAAUUGGAAAUGGAAUAAAUAAGAUUGGUCAUGCAUCUAGUAAUGGUAAUAAUAAAAUAGGGAAAUAUGAAUUAAAUUUAAAAAAUAAAGAUACAUUAUCUCGUUCCAAUACUACCGAACUUCCUACAAUUUUUAAUAAAAAUGAAUAUUUAUGUCAUGGCCAAAAUAAUAAUAACAAAUAUCCUGAUAUAUACAACAAUAAUAUUGGAAAUGCAAAAAACCAACUGAUUAAUUCAAAUAAUAAUGUAUAUGUGAAAAAUGGUGUUAAUAAUGGAAAUGAAUAUCAAAUGGCUAAUAAUAUAAACAAAAAUAAUUUAUUUAAAGUAGAUAAUGUAAAUAGGAUAAAUAAUAAAGAGUUUAACAAUUCAACUAACGCAAAUAAUGUAAAUAACAUAAGUAACUAUAACGAUGUAAGAAAAAACAGCUAUCAAAUUGUUAAUGAUAAUAAUGCCGGAUUUAAUGAAAAUGAAAAAGGAAGUUCAUCGAAUUAUAUGUUUGAACAUAAUGAAUAUAAAGAAAGGCAUAGAAAUUCUAUGUAUGAUAUUGAAACAGACAAAUUAGUAAAAAAUGAAAAUGUCAACAACCGUAGAGGAUCAGAUUAUAUUAACAACAAUUUUAAUAGUGCCUAUAGUGCAAUGAUUGAAAAUUAUAAUAGAAAUAACUUGGCUAAAUAUGAGUUUAAUAAAAUGGUAAAUAUGAUAUCUAAAGGAGAUUUAAAUAAUUCAUUAAAUUUAAAAAAUUUAGUUAAUAUUAAUAAAAAUUUUAAUAUAUUAAUGAAUAAUUUAGAUCCACAAAAUGGGGGAAAUUAUGUAAAUCACGACACUAAAGAAAAUUGUAACAUCAAUAAUAAUAUCGGUGAUAAUAAUAAUAACAAAUUUUAUAAUGGAAAUAAUCAUAAAAUUUAUGUUCAAGAUAAUAAUAAAAAAAAUAUUCAACCAAAUAAUCUAAACAUUUAUAAUGAAAAUAAUAUUGUAGAUAUAAAUUUGUUAAAUAAAAAUACAAAAAAAAAUAAUAUGAUACCUGAAAAUAUGAAUACUAAUAAUAUUAGUUUAGAUAAUAUUGGUUUUAAAUUACGUAUGCAAAAAAAUGGAUAUAUAAAUAAUGAUAAUAAUAUUUCUGGAGUUUCAGAUAUGGCAAAUUUUGACAAUCAAGAUAAUUUAAUGUAUAUCCUAAAUCGUAAUAAUAACAUUUUAAUGAAAAAUGGAAAGGCAGGGUAUAUAAAUUCACAACUAAACAAUGAUGGGGUAUUGGGACUAAACAAUCGCAUCAAUUUUAAUACUAUGCAUAAUAAUAAUAAUAUGACAAAUAUUAAUAAUCAGAAUGUAGACCAUUUAAUUCUUAACAAUAGUGCACAGGGACAAAGCAACAAUGAUCAGAUGCUAAAAUUUAAUACAAAUCAAAAUUAUCAGGAAAUAAAAAAUGGAUGCAUGAAAAUAGGAAAUAAAAGAAAACAAAUGGAACCUUCAAAAACAAUUGAUUUGGCAAAUAUUGAUGAACAUCAAUUUUUAAAUAAUGGGAAAAAAAAUGUAAGAAAAAAAAAAAAAGAAAGUGUCAAUACAUCAUCUGGAUCAUCUGGUAAUGAUGUUUUAUUGUCGAACCCUCAAAAUAAAAUAGUUGGAAAAAUGACACAAAAUAUGUUUUCUAAGAAUAACACUGCAAGGUUAUCAACUGAUUUAAAUAAUAAUGUAAUGCAAAAUAUGAAUUACUCUGAAUUAGAUACAAAUCAAUCAUCUUAUAUAACAUCUGAUGGUAACAUAUUAUCAAAUUGGGGAACAAAUCCUAAACAAAUCAUUGAACAAGGAUCAAUAAAUUCGGAAGGAGAAUUAUUAAAUAAUAACAUAAAGGAAAAUAUUCAAACAGCUGAUAUUAAUUAUGCUAUUCAUAAUAAUGGUGUUGGGAAUGUUAAUUCUAAUGCCUUCACAGGAAAUCAUAUCUCUAUGAAUAGCAAUUUGAAAAAUAACAACAAUAAUAAUAUAAUUUACAAAGAAAAUGGUUCUGGAAACAGCCAAAAUAAUGCAUCUAAUACAAAAGAUAUAAACACAAUGAUGAUGGGUUCUACUAACGAAUCUUAUAAUAAAAUAAAAACAUCUGAUAAUGAUGUAAAUACAUGGACUAAUAAAAAUGGUGUUAUUCCUAGAAAAAAUGAUCAGUCUCAAUUACCUUCAUUUUCUGGUAAUAUGAAAUGGAAUGAAAUUGAAAAUGGACAAAAGGAAUAUCAACAAGAUGCAUUAUUUCCUAAUACAAAAAUAUCAGAACAUUCAAUAACAGAUUCAACGACCUCAGACUAUAAAAAUGAAGAACAUGAUUUAAAAGAAAAGCAAGUUCAAAAAUCACUUGAAUAUAUAGAUAAACAUAUAGCCAAUUAUGAAAAUUUAAUUACUAAUCUUUCUUUUAUUAAUGAUAAAGAAGAUAAGGAAAUGAAAACAGAAAGUGAUCAACUUUACAACGGACUUAUGAAUUCCAUUGUUGCUAACAUAAAUGCAGAGAAUUUAACGGAAGACAAAAAUGGCAUUGAAUCUGGUGCUACAAUUAUUUGUAAAAAUAUAAAUGAUAUAUUUGAUAAUAAAGAAGAAAAUGAAAAAAUAAAUAACAAUCAAACUGAAAAUGUUAUGGGAAAUUUACAGGCUAAGGAAAAUAUAUCAUUGAAGGACACACAAAAUGAAAUAAAUAAAAUGGAUAGUAAUAAUAGUAAUGAUUUUAGUGACAGCUAUGAUGAAAAAGAAUUUGAAGAUAAUAUGAAGAAACACGUUUUUUUCAAAAAUAAAAAGCAAUAUGAAACAUUUAUAAUGUUUAACGGAAUAAACGUUGGUAAGGAUAAUAUAAAUUUAUUUAUGUCAAUGAAUAUCUCAUCAUACAAUAAAAAUUGUAGAGAACAGAAUGAAGCAUAUAACUUAUAUUUAGAAAAUGAAGAAGGAAAAGAAAUGCAUGGAGAUCAAAUUGAAAAUAUAAAUACAUCAAACAUCUUAGAUGAAAAUUGUCAUAAUAGUGAUAAAUAUGAUUCAACUAAUGAAGAUAUAAAUAUAAAUGAAAAUGAAAUGAUAAAGAAUAAUAUGUUAAGAAGUUUGCUAAGUAUUAAUUCUAAGGAAGAAAUUAAAAAAAUAAUAGAAAAUAAAAUAUUUGGAAAAAAUAAUGAAAAUAAAAAAAUAGUUUUUAGUGUUGUUAAACAAAUUGAUGAUGCAAAAUUUUUGUACAUAUUAAAAGUUAUAUUAAAAGAACAAAAUAUAAAUUGUAAUAAAAAUAAAAUAAAAGUUUUGAAAAUACAAAAAAGAAAAAUCCUAUAUAAAACAUUUUAUCAAAAAAGUAAUAAAUCAAAAGCUUUGACCCUUGAAUAUAUUCUUAAAGAAGAUCAAGAUGAUAUAGGGGGAAUGAAUUGUUUAGUGAGAUCAGAAGAAUGCCUACUCGAAAGUGAUCGAGAAAAGAGAAACAUCGAAAAAAUAAUAAACGCAAAUUUUGAAAUAACAACAACGACUGUAUCUAUGGCUACUCCUACGAUUGUCAACCUAUUUAAGAAUGACUACGUAUUGCAAAACUCAUAUUAUUGUGAUUUCUGGUCCUUUUAUCUUUGCCUAAAUGAUCAGUUUAAUGCUACUAUCGAAUUUCAUCAAAAUAAGAACAAAGCCAAUGGAAAUAAAGCGUAUAAACUAAACAUACGGGCACAUUGUGAAAAUUAUGAGACAUUUUUUGAGAAUUUUAUAGAAUUUUUAGUUUAA